CCAGGCCAACUUGGUCGCCAAGGAAACCACACACUCGAUAACAGCAGAGGGGUCGAGGACCCAGGAGGGCGUCAUCAGCAGCAGCCGCCUUUCGAAGCCCCGGAGCAGACACAAAGGGGUGUUUUCUGGAAGGUUGUCGAGAGUUCUUUUGAGAGAGAAAGAGGUUGGAGGAGGAUGGCAAUGGUGAAGGUGGAGUCGACGGCGGCGGAGGGGAGCGGGAGGAGGGACGCGGAGGCGGAGCUCAACCUGCCGCCGGGGUUCCGGUUCCACCCGACGGACGAGGAGCUCGUGGUGCACUACCUCUGCAGGAGGGUGGCGGGGCAGCCGCAGCCCGUGCCCAUCAUCGCCGAGGUCGAUCUCUACAAGUUCAACCCCUGGGAUCUGCCCGAGAGGGCGCUGUUCGGGCGCAGGGAGUGGUACUUCUUCACGCCGCGCGACCGCAAGUACCCCAACGGCUCGCGCCCCAACCGCGCCGCCGGCAGCGGGUACUGGAAGGCCACGGGCGCAGACAAGCCGGUGUCGCCCAAGGGGAGCGGCGGCAGGACGGUGGGCAUCAAGAAGGCUCUCGUCUUCUACUCCGGCAGAGCGCCCAGGGGCGUCAAGACCGACUGGAUCAUGCACGAGUACCGCCUCGCCGAAGCCGACCGCUCGCCCGCUAAGAAGGGAUGCCAAAAGUUGGAUGAGUGGGUGCUGUGCCGCCUGUACAACAAGAAGAACAACUGGGAGAAGGUGAAGGUGGAGCAGCACAUGGCUGCUGUCCAGAGACAGAACGGGGAGGUCAUGGACGCGCCGAUCGCCACCGACACCAUGUCCGACAGCUUCCAGACGCAUGACUCGGAGAUUGACAGCGCAUCCGGGCUGCAGCUGCACGGCUUCAGGGACAUGGUACAGGGGCAGGCGAGGGAUGGCAUCGUCACGGUGAAGGAGGACAACGACUGGUUCACGGACCUGAAUCUGGACGAGCUGCAGGCUUGUUACAUGAACAUGCAGGGGCAGAUGGUGAAUCCCAUGGCGGCAGCGACGCCUGGGCUGGACGGCAACGGCUACCUGCAGUCGAUGAACUCACCGCACAUGAGGAUGUGGCAAACAAUCUUGCCACCAUUCUAAGAUCCUGAUUAUUUAGUUGGUUUCUCAAGACAUUGGAUCGCUUUAUUGAGAUGUUGUAAAUGGGAAGGGGAAUAGAAGCGACUAGAUAAUGCGUGCUCGAAAGGAAGAUUGGAAAUUUGGCGAGCAUGAUUCUGCAAAUGUGGUGAUAGGUCUAUAGUAUGUAUUCUUUGGUUUCGAUCUAUGCAUUUUGUAUUCUGCAAAUACUUGUCCUUUUGUUCACAUAACAUAAUCUGAACUGAAGCACAUGAAUUAUCUCAUUUA